AUGAGUGCUUUACUACGUUGGACCUCUCCGCCAUCAAGAAUCUCGCUUUUAUCAGUCUGCUUACUGGGCUUAGGUGUGAAGGCUGUCUUUUUUCCAGAUGAGAACCUGUCCUCUCUCGGGGAACAAGAGUAUGAUUUAUACAAAAAAGCACGUUUUGAUUCCUUCCUUGAUAUGACGGAUCGAGGACCUCCUGAUCAACGCCCUACUUUGGGCGACAUGACCCAGCUCAUUACCGGAAACAGAGACCCCAACGAAGCGACCCCGGUCCAAGCGCAUACAGCCCAUGAAGAGGAAAUGCUGGAACUUGAGCUUAAUCAUGGUGUCAAAGCAAGCGGUUAG